AUGCACUGUCACACACAUACCACACGCACACACACCACCGCCGCCGCUGCCGCCACUGCCACCGCCGCACACACACAGUGACGGCUGCCAGGCGCAGUGGGAAGCAAGCCGUCAGGGAGAAAGCUUGAGAAGAAAGAGAGGGAUUGCAAAGGGGAAGCGAAGAAAAGAGAAGAGAGUUGGAGGAGGCACCUUGUGGAUCAGAAGGGAUUUUCCUCUGUGUGAGUGCGCGUCUGGAUAAGGCUAUCUGCUUCUUCCUGAGCGCGAGGAGUUUUUACCGAGGCUUUUUCUUUUUUGCUCAUCCUCCACGCCGGGCUCCAGCAACAUCCACCUAUCUAUCCCCGGAGCUUAACAAAAGAAGGAGGGAGUGAGAGAGAGAGUGAGAAAAAAGGCAGUCACAGCUUCAGCUCCAGACCACCCUCUCUCCUCCUCCUCCUCCUCCUCCUCCUCCUCCUCUUCUCUCUUCAGCUCCACAUCCAUUUGUGAGUUCAUCGCUGAUUUAACUGUCUUGUGAGGAUAGAGCAGCGGACGGCGUGUGUUCUCCAGGAUACAGCCGAGCCCCCGUUGGGAUCAGGGUCUCGUCUGGUGUGAGAGAGAGGGAGGAAGAACGAGACAGGGAAACGGAUACACGGGAAGAGAGAAAGAGACGGAGAGAGACAAGAGUGAGAGACGCCGGAAAGCAAAUUGAGGGGCAUGUUCAGGGCAGCAGAGAAGAAAAAGAGUGAGUCUGAUUUUUAGAGCGGAGAGUGCAAGGAACUGGAUCCCAUCCAUUCCUCCCUCCUCCUCCUCCUUCUCAUCCUCUUCUUCUUCCCUCUCCUUUUAACCUCUCUCCGUCCUGCUCUUCAAUCCCCCCUAUUGUUUCCUGUAUUGCCUCCUACUAUCCUUUCAUUUCUUCUUUUCCUCACCCUCCACCUCCGUCUCCCCAAGCCCCUUUUUUGCUGCCACUCCGGAUUCUCUCUGUCUCUCUUUCCAGACCCAUGGGAAGAAUGGUUUUGUGAGGUUCCCGGUGUGCUCCCAGACAAGUAGACAGACUAUAGUCCCAAGUACUAUCUGCCCGUCCAUCCUUCCCUUCCUCUGUGCAUUCAUCAAGCACACCUCAGUAAGAGAGAGCGUUCUCUCCCUGCAUCCUCCACUCUUGGAAACAGUCGUCUGAAGGAUCCAGGCCAGCCCCUCGGAGUGAACGUACCCCACCUGCGAGCUUCUAUCUCCAGCCUCCAGGACCUUCAGUUGAUUCCAGCUACAUGGGAAAACGUUUGGAGCAGCAGCCAAUGUACCCCCACUACACCUACUACUACCCCCACUAUCUCCAGACCAAGCAGUCCUAUGCUCCUCCCCCUCAGCCCAUGGCUCCGCCCAGCCCCGGCACCACAGGAGGAGGAGGAGGAGGAGGUGGAGGGGGAGGUCAUGGAGGAGGGCUAGCGGAGCAGCUUAGUAAGACCAACCUGUACAUCAGGGGCCUGCCGCCGGCCACCACCGACCAGGACCUCAUCAAACUCUGCCAGCCAUAUGGAAAGAUUGUGUCAACAAAGGCCAUCCUGGACAAGAACACCAAUCAAUGCAAAGGCUAUGGAUUUGUGGACUUUGACAGCCCUGCAGCAGCCCAGAAGGCUGUGGCCUCGCUCAAAGCCAGCGGAGUCCAGGCACAGAUGGCAAAGCAACAGGAGCAAGACCCCACCAACCUUUACAUCUCGAACCUGCCACUGUCCAUGGAUGAGCAGGAGCUGGAGAACAUGCUGAAGCCCUUUGGUCAUGUCAUUUCCACACGGAUACUGAGGGAUGCCAACGGCCUGAGCAGAGGAGUCGGCUUUGCUAGGAUGGAGUCGACAGAGAAGUGCGACGUGGUGAUUCAGAAUUUCAACGGGAAAUUCUUGAAAACCCCUCCAGGCAUGACUGCCCCUGCAGAGCCGUUGCUGUGCAAGUUUGCUGACGGAGGCCAGAAGAAGAGGCAGACCCAGGUCAAGUAUCCCCAGAAUGGCCGACCGUGGACGCGGGAAGGAGAGAGUGGUAUGGCGUUGACGUACGAUCCCUCCGCGAUGCAGAACGGGUUCUACUCUUCGCCAUAUAGCAUCUCCACCAAUCGGAUGAUCGCACAGACGUCAAUCACACCCUUCAUCGCUGCCUCUCCUGUCUCUACAUAUCAGGUCCAGAGUACAUCUUGGAUGCCACAUCAACAGUAUGUUAUGCAACCUACGGGUGCUGUGAUCACCCCAGCCGCGGCCAUAGAGCCCAGUUUGUCGCUCCACCCCUCCAGUGUAAUGGCUCCUCUCACCCAGCAGAUGAACCACCUGUCUCUGGGCACUUCAGGCACCUACAUGCCUGCUGCAGCCGCUGCUCCUAUGCAAGGAACCUACAUUCCCCAGUACACUGCAGUGCCUGCCUCUGCCAUCACAGUGGAAGGCGUGGUGACAGACCCACCUCCACAGACAGCCGCCCCCUCCUCGCAGGACGCCAGCGGGCAGCAGCCUUUAUCAGUGGAGAAUACAGGAGAUCAUGCCACAGCCUACUCUUACCAGCAGUCUAAAUAACAAGAUUGGUAGGAAUCAUUGCUGCAUUGCCUUUAGAAGGACUGCACUGAGGCGCUGGAGACACAGAGAGAAUCAAAAUGAAACGGGGGAGAAAAAAAGAGGUGACAUGGGCAACACUGAGGGGAGAAUGCUUCCACUGUGCACAGGCACCAAAUAAAAGACAAAAUGAAGAAAAAAAAAUCAAUUAUAUUUCUUACCUGGUUGAACCGAGAAAAGGUUUGCUGAACUUGAGGACAAUGAAAUCAAACACAGUCUGCAACUUUGAGUUUAUCAUUUCUCACUGUGAGACUGGACUUUGCCUCCAAAGGAAACAGAGAAGACAUAGACUGAAAUGUAAACUCAACCAACAAGCUGUACAGAAAAAAAGAACAUUUGAAUGUGCAGGUAGAUUUUCAAACUUUUUUUAUUAAAAAAAGAGGGAAGCAAAGUCAAGAAAAAAAAAACAGCAGAUUGUCUUCCUUUGAUAUUAAGCUACAUUAUUUUCAUUCUUUUUAUUAUUUGAGUAGUUUUCUAGAAUAUCAAUGUUUUCGUAAAUCUUUAUUGCCUUAAUUUUCUCAAACUUUGGGAAAAAAGUUUCCAUAGUGUUGAAUUAUUAAAAAAAAAAAAGACUGGUUGAAUGAUCUGAGAAGAAAUCUACAAAGCUAUCUGUACAGGAUAAAAAAUAAGGUUGUAUUUGUAUGACAAUGAUUUUAAAUUAUGUGGUGCAGUGCAGCUGAUGUUGGUUGGUAGGAAAAAAAAAUCUUCUUUAAUGCGACUUGUGGGAAGGGUCAUUCCACUGCUUCCUGGAAAAUGCAGUUAAGUUCAAUCAUGGGGUAAAAGUUCUGUUCGUCCAUCACAUUUGUAUUUUUGUUUUUUUGGGGGGGGGGUUGAUUGCAGUCUUUUGAGCAUCAAAACGUUUUUGCUUUGCCUGCUUUCCUUGUCUCACUGCAAAGAGAAAAGUAAAAAAAAAUGGAACAUUUCUGACUUUGACAAAAGGCGGAAAAAAAAGCUAGGAUUUUUAAAUGUGCAAAAAGCAAUAGUUUUAGUAAAACUGUUGACAGUUUCUUGAGUCUUUCUUAACUGUUGAACAAAAGCAGCCUACAGGUGGCAUAUUUUAUACCAAAGAUGAAGAAACUAGGUAGUAAAGAGAUCUUCCUUGUGUUGCUUUUUCUUUAUUUUUUCACCACUCAAACUGAGAUUUUGCUUGCUUGUUAUGCUGUUGAUGUGUGCGAUGAUGUUACCGGUGACUGAGAACAUGCAGUAGGUCUUUAACACAACUGCCUCAACCAGAAGAGUGUGCUCUGAGGUGCUUUGUUCGUCACAUGAUCAAACAUGCUGUUGAUCUAAAGUGGCGCUGCAGCAUCUGUCAAGAGACCAGACACCCUGUGGAAAGCGGAGGAGGUAGGUAUGUUACUGGGAAUAAGUUGGUGUACUAAAGAGGCUGAAAAUGGAUUAUAUCCUGUGGAAUACACCCGCUCCAGGCUGCAUUGACCAAUCUCAAAUCCACUGGCAUGCUGUAAGUCAUGAUGACGGCUUGCCAGAACGCUCUACAUGUCAUUAUUUUGAAGUGUCAGUACAUAAAACAAACUGUUUUUACGCCGCUGUCUUGCCAAACACAAGCCAUUUAAAAUGUGAGCAGGCCGAUGAUCUCUGCUAGAGGAACGGGCAUUUUUCAGUUGAAUGAAAUCAUUUCAUUUUAUGUACAUUCUUAAAGGACAGACAUUUUGUUUUCUCUUUUCUUUUUGUGUUGCCUUUUUCUUUUCUUUUUUUGGUCUUUUUUGAGAAUUGAUUAUGAUGUGUGAGCUGCUAAAUACUUUUCAUUACUGAGGAUUUCGGUUGUCUUGUGUUGAGUGGGUGUGGGAGAGGUACACCUCCAGAAUUACAGCAAUUGACCAUUUUAAGCCAAGAUAAAGACAGUUAAUUGCUCCCCAGGACUUGAGCAUCCCUCAUGUCUUGUUCAAAUGAAAGAAGUUCCUGUUCCUGGUUGCAGCCCUUGAAAAACAAAAACAUGCGACUCUCUUGAUAGAUUCAAUCUGGAAAUAAGAAUCGGCAUUAUUUGUACUGAGUAAGAGAGCGUCGUUGAGUUGAGAACAAAAAACAACAAAGAAAACACUCUGUGGACUUUAACUGGCUGACACUGGCUCUGAGGUCACACCUUUGAGGCCCCAUCCUACCUGACCCCUAACUGAAAGGAAACUAAUGGAGAAGGAGGAACGGACGGACAGACACACAGACAAAGCAUGGUUCAACCAAAAUCAAGCAGAUACAAACCUCUAUGGGAAAAUAAAUUAUGGAAAGAAGAGAGAAAGUAGAGAAAGCGAGAACAAAAGUAAUAUUUAUGAGAUCUUUUUUUUGUACAGGUGUGUAAAAGAAGAUGCAACAGAAAUAACUUUGAUGAUGCUAUUUUUUUAUUUGCUUGGUCACAUGCCUCCCAUGUCUUUCAAAUUGUGAUUCUGAGAGUGUCUGUAGAACCAGUGGAUAUUGCUGUAGUUUCAAAUGUCUCUUUUCUUUUUUUGGUUUCUUUUUAGACAAAUCUUUCAAUAAAAAAAUGUUUCAAAC